GGUGAACAUGAUUCAACACCCUGUAUCCUAGAUUCCCGAGGCAGGAUCACUUAUUUCUCUUGUGGAAUACUUGAAUCCUCCUUGAACUCCAAACGAUGAGUGAGCAACUCAAGAAUUGGAACAAGAUCAGACAAAAUAAGUGCAAGCUGAGAGAUGAGUACGGGGUGGAUGGCGAUGAGUUAUUCGAGAGUUUGAGUUCCAAAUCCGUGUUCACCGUCAUUGAAGAGAAGACCAUUCGCAGCAAGAACGCUCCAAAUGAACGCUUUGAUGAGAUCUUCGCAAUCCUGUACCGCAAAGAUCCCCUGAGAACUAUCCCCAUUUUCCUUGAGGCACUUGAAGUAAAACACAAAGUAGCCGCAGACUAUUUGAAAGAAGGAAAGGAAACAAGGAAAAAGCCCGACUACAAGUCCCAGUUAGAAGCCAUAUUCGACAUCCUCCUUGAGAAAAAUCCUGGGGAUAUGUAUGAAGGUGUCUUGGAAGCCCUGCAAGAGAUGAAUCGUGACGACAUCAUUGGGGAGAUUCAGCAGGUUUAA